AUUCACCACAAAGCAACGCAUUUGUGACUCGAUCCUCGUUCACUAUUUAGACUACUCUUGGUUUUCUAGCCUUACAGGAGCAGUCAGUCAGGACAUCCAACUUACCUGCGACGAAGAACCACCACGGCCUUCCACGUCCUUUGACUCCGACAACAAUACCCCACCAACCCCUCGAGCACUUUUCGAAUACCCCGCCAACGAGCACACAACAUGUCGUCGAGAGGCGCCACGAGAGGCCGCGCUGGCAAGUUCGGCAAGGCAAAGCGAGGAGGAGGACGUCACUUUAGCAAGAACCUCGCUCCCCUCGAUGCAGAUGGAGCAGAAAGCUCCAUGUGGGCAGACCCGGCGGAGCAAGACGAUGACGACUCUUCAGAGGAGGAAGAUUCUUCAGAGGAGGAGUCAAGCGAGGAGGAAGGCGGACCAGCCUCUCAGCAAAAGGAGAUGACACGUGAGGAGCGACGAGCCGCGGCAAAGGCAAAGAAGGAGGCUGCGAUCAAGAAGAAGCAGGGAGUCGUCGAGGCUGGUGAUCUGCCACCAAGUGAUGACGAUGAGGAUGAGGAUGAUGAUAUGCCUGCGAAUCCAAACCACAGUGCAUCCGCUCGAAAGCAGGCGGACAAAGCACCACCGAGCGCAGAAGACGCGGAGAAGCAGACCGCAAAGGCGAAGAAGACUGGCGACCUCUCACAACUGUCGAGGCGUGAGCGAGAGGCACUGCAGGCUCAGCAAGCAAAGGAAAGAUACCAGAAGCUGCAUGCGGAAGGCAAGACGGAGGAGGCCCGAGCAGAUCUGGAGCGGCUGAAAUUGGUGCGAGAGCAGAGAGCUGAAGCUGCUGCACGCAAGGAGGCCGAGAAGCAAGAGCGUGAAUUAAUUGACAAGGAGAAGAAGGAGCAGAUGGCGAGACUCGAGCGUCAACAAGCACAGAAGGCUGCACGAGGUGGCCGCGGAGGCAAGAAAGGUGGAAAGGCCUGAGGUUGUCUCGAAGGAUCUUGUUGUGCUGCGAGUGGAAGUUGAUGAUGAGCGUCCUUGCAUAGUGCAGCGAUUGCGCGACGAUAGACGCAUGGCAUGGCUGCGGCCUGUUCACGAAUUGAAGAGACUUUUGCAUUCAACAGGCCUCUCGGUGCUCAUCAGUUGGUCCCC